GGUCAAGUGCACAGUUGAGUGAUGGCAAUGUGGGAUCCGGAGCCCCGGGCUCCCGGCUUGAAGGCGUGGCUGCAGUAGACAUCGGCUCCAAGAGAGAAAGUGUCUUAGCUGAUUAUGAGGAGAAGAAUGUGGCCGCCAAGGCCAGAGAGGCCUGGCAGGAGAGCCCUGGAGCCCCAGGAGGUGGCCAAGGAGACCCAGCUGUACGCACUCAGCAACCUACAGAUCUCAGCACCCCAGAGUGGCAGAGCAGCCCCAGUGGAUGUGAGCAACUCGUUGGACAAGAGAGCUGCGCCAGCAGUGUGUUGGCUGAUUAUGAGGGGAAAAAUAUGGCCACCAAAGUCGGAGAGGCCUGGCAGGACAGGCCUGGAGCCCCAGGAGGUGGCCAAGGAGACCCAGCUGUACGCACUCAGCAACCAGCAGAUCCUAGCACCCCAGAACGGCAGAGCAGCCCCAGCGGAUGUGAGCAACUCAUCGGACAAGAGAGCCGCACCAGCAGGGUGAGAAGCCCCCCGAGCUGCAUGGUCACCGUUACUGUCACUGCCACUUCUGAGCAGCCUCACAUUUAUAUUCCAACCCCACCAAGUGAAUUGGACUCCAGCUCCACCACCAAAGGGAUUCUCUUCGUGAAGGAGUAUGUGAAUGCUAGUGAAGUGUCUUCUGGGAAGCCAGCAUCUGCACGCUAUAGCAGUGUCAGCAGCAUUGAGGACACAUUCGACACAGAGAAGAAGCCCCCAUACGGCAGCACUCCAUACUCUGAGAGGACAACUGGAGGGAUCUGUACUUACUGCAACCGUGAGAUCCGAGACUGCCCAAAGAUUACCCUAGAACAUCUUGGCAUCUGCUGCCAUGAAUAUUGCUUUAAGUGUGGUAUUUGCAGUAAACCGAUGGGCGAUCUCCUGGAUCAAAUCUUCAUUCACCGUGACACCAUUCACUGUGGGAAAUGCUACGAGAAGCUCUUCUAGCCCCACCCCAGGCUGAUCAGAAGCUGAUGACUCCCGGACAAGUUUGGCUGUCCCUAGUUUUGCCCCAAGUUGCUGGCUCCCCUUCCUGGUUUGAUUUCUUCAUGCUUUUGCCCUUCUCAAGUUGAAGUCGUAUCUUAAUGAUGCUAGAUAAUUGCUUGUGUGUGGAGCUUCUUAUAGCUUAGAAAGCACUUUACAUCCAUGAUCUCAUUUUAGGCUCAACAAAAGAGGAACAAACAAGAAUUCCAUCUUGCCUUCCCUAAGACAGAUUGGCUUUCUAAUGAGUUUAGGUGAGCAGAAGUGCAGGGUUCAGUGUGUCCUGACUCCCUUGAAGCUUCUGAGGGGCCAAGUUGAAGACUAUCGAUGAUCCCUUGUGGGUAAAUUGCAGACAUUGAAUGCUAGGGAUUGGCACAGGCUAGUGGUUAGCUUGUCUAUUUGCCAUAUCUUUUUUUUUUUUUAAUUUCCAUACACUUUAAAAAGUAGUUAGCUGCUUUUGUUGGGUUAUACAGCAGUGUUUCAUUUUGUCUUCCACCCACCUUUCACUAUAUUUGAGUUUUCCCCUACUGGUAUGUUGGCAUGUAUCGGAAAGUUUACACAAUUAGGUUUAAUUCAGUAGGAUGUGAUUUUAGGAGGCUACUGACCAAAGUGAUACCUGUGUCUGUUGAAAUCUUGAUAGUUGAUUAAUUUGCCUUCAGUUCCGCUCCCUGAACUUUACACAGAAAUCCUCCCAGGUGGGUUUUAGGGUGUAUAGAUCCCAGCAGGAUUAAGUAGGGGAAAAGCAGCUAACAUUUCUCGAGGCUCUAGCACAUACCAGGCACUGUCACAAAGUGUGAUGGCAUUAGUUCCCAUAAUAAUCCCGUGAAGGUGACAUUCUCGUUCCCAUCUUAGAGAUGAGGAUAUUGGAACUCGUAGAGGUGGUCAUUGCAUUGUGCAGAACUCUGCAGAGCCCAUGCUCUUCCCAGAACAGCACCCACAGAAGCAAGCAUUGAUUUUGUGCUGAGUGUGUGCCAAGCACUGUGCAGGGGGUACAUAGUUCCUGCCAGGUUUAUACCCUCCCUUCAGGCCUCCCUAAGAGCAGAAGGUGUGAAGUCACACUCUUCCUCUGGGCAUUCGGGAUCCCUGAAUGAUCUCCACCCCCUCCUCCAUGAAGUAAUUCAAGGGCCAAGCUCUCUCUUUCCCUCCCCUCUGCCCAUGAAAAUGCCUGCAAACUGAGAUGCUUUCGGCUUAGAACAGAUUUGGCUCACAGAUAUACCAAAUAGGAGCUUGUGAAUCCAGGAAAAGCUCCAGGGGGCUAGCUGAUCUGAGCAGAGAGUGUUCAGUGACCCAUUUUCCAGUUAAGACUCUGCCUCAAGCUACUGACAACUGCUGGAGCUCCAGGUACUUGGGACAUGGAAACUCAUUGGAUGGCUGGGCAGAUACAAGCCUGUUCAUGUAGUCAGCUGACCCUCUGCUCAGGUUCGGCUGGGGACUCUGCCCACAUUUGGGCCCAGCAUCACUUUGUAAGUUCCUUGACAGGAAGAACAACCUUAUUGAAUAUUUCUGAUACAAAAUGAGGGCAUCUUCUCUUGAUUUAGUUAUAAAAGGUCUCCAUCUUUCUCCAGCUUCUGAGCCCUAUGCACAUUGGCCUUGUGGACUUGUUCUUCCUGGCAAAUGAUCAGAGAGGAACACUCCAUUUAUUUGCAUUGGAUUUUCCUCUGGAGAGCAUAUACCCACACUAAAUGCCAGCUGCUCUCCCUGAGCUGUAGUCCCCAGCAUCAGACUUGGCACAUGGUAGAUACUAGCACACAGCUACUCAAUGUAUGAGUGAAGGAAAGAAAUGUCACCCCCUGGGUGAGAAGUGCUAUCCCUGAGUCUUAUUGCAGGCCCAGUGGAUGGAAUGCAAGGUAAAGAGGCCCAAGAAAGGCUGGCUUCCUUACUUCAAGGUAUAGUCUGCCUUUAAGGGAGUUUUAGAGCCAACAUGCAAGAUAAUGAAAGAAAUCUUGUAAAAGCAUUAUUGAUUUUGAUCCAAAACAGCUUCUUUCACAUCUAAAAAGGCACAGAAUUUUGCAGAUCUAAGGAAGAGGGAUGGUUGCAUUACAUUUUGCUUCUUUUUUAUUGCUUAAUGUUUCUAAUCAUACUUAAUCCACAUUAAUGUGCACAAUUAUAAUAAAUGGUAAGAUAUUACA